UGUGGUUAGAGAGGAGGGGCGGCCACAGACACGUCAGGAGGGCUCCGAGAAAGUGAAAGGAAGCGGCUACACGGGGACAGGAGCAGUGCACUUCCCCUGGACCGGCCGUGCUAAGUGCCCAUAGAGCUCCCCAUAACGGCGGGGAUGUGUCCCUGGUGGUCAGCCUACACUACUUUCAGUGUUAGUUGAACUGGUGCGGAGCCAGAUCAGAAGUCUCAUGCCAUGAGGAUCCGCCUAAGGAAAUGCUCAUUUAUUGUAAAGACCUUUAUAUUGGUUGGACUCUUCAUGAUCACCUAUAUGGUGGUAGAACUUUCUGUGUCUUCUUUCUCUUCUUUAGAGAAAGAGGACCACACAAGAAAUAGGUGGGAGAGAGAUUUGCAUGCAACUGAGGAGAAAGUAGAGGACUUAAGCCGUCCGCUAUACAUUAAACCUCCCCCAAAUCCAAAUGCACCUGGAGAGUGGGGAAAGGCAGCUCAUCUGCAGCUUAAUUCUGCUGAAAAGAAGAUGCAGGAGGAAAGCAUUGAAAAGUAUGCUAUUAAUAUUUAUCUGAGUGACCAGAUAUCAUUGCAUCGGCAUAUCCAGGAUAACCGGAUGUAUGAGUGUAGGUCCAAAACUUACAAUCACAGGAAACUUCCAACCACGUCUGUUAUAAUUGCAUUUUAUAAUGAGGCAAUGUCAACUUUACUCCGCACAAUACACAGCGUCUUAGAAACGUCUCCAGCAGUACUCUUAAGAGAAAUCAUAUUAGUCGAUGACUUCAGCGAUAAAGUUUUUCUAAAGUCCCAGCUUGCAGAUUACAUUAGUUCACUGGAGAGAGUGCGUUUAGUCCGGACAACAAAACGUGAAGGACUUGUACGGGCGCGGUUAAUUGGUGCAACCUAUGCAAUUGGAGAUGUGCUGACAUUCCUGGACUGCCAUUGUGAAUGUGUCAACGGCUGGCUGGAACCACUGCUUGAGAGGAUUGGAGAAAAUGAAACUGCAGUGGUUUGUCCUGUCAUUGACACCAUUGACUGGAACACCUUUGAAUUUUACAUGCAGACUGGUGAACCUAUGAUCGGUGGAUUUGACUGGCGUUUGACUUUUCAGUGGCACGCUGUACCAGAACAAGAGCGUCAAAGAAGGAGGUCUCGGAUAGAUCCUAUAAGGUCUCCAACUAUGGCCGGUGGAUUGUUUGCUGUAAGCAAGAAAUACUUUGAAUACCUUGGAACUUACGACAUGGGCAUGGAAGUCUGGGGUGGUGAAAACUUGGAGCUUUCAUUCAGAGUUUGGCAGUGUGGUGGGACUCUUGAGAUCCACCCUUGUUCUCAUGUUGGGCAUGUUUUUCCCAAGAAGGCCCCUUAUGCUAGACCAAAUUUCCUGCAGAAUACUGCUCGUGCUGCUGAAGUGUGGAUGGAUGAUUAUAAGGAACAUUUCUACAACAGAAACCCACCGGCUAGAAAGGAAAAAUAUGGAGAUAUUUCUGAUCGGAAAAUAAUUAGAGAACGACUACAGUGCAAGAAUUUUGAUUGGUACUUGAGAAAUGUUUUUCCAGAUCUACAUGUCCCAGAAGAUCGUCCUGGUUGGCAUGGAGCGGUCCGCAGCUUGGGCAUAACAUCUGAGUGCUUAGAUUAUAAUGCACCAGAUCAUAACCCUACUGGAGCUCAUCUCUCACUAUUUGGGUGUCAUGGACAAGGUGGCAAUCAGUUUUUUGAAUACACAACAAAACGUGAGAUUCGCUUUAAUUCAGUCACUGAACUGUGUGCAGAAGUCCCAGAACACCAGACAUACAUAGGGAUGAGGCAUUGCCCUAAAGAUGAUAGUCCAGUCCCUCCAAACAUUAUUUGGGAGUUUCGACUUGAUGGAACAAUAUAUCAUCCUAAUUCAGAUAAAUGUCUUAGUUCGUAUCGCACAUCAGAAGGUCGUGGAGAUGUGCAGAUGCAACUUUGUAAUGCCUUGGAUAAAAAUCAACUUUGGAAGUUCGAAAGGUAGAAGAAAAUGUCUGAAAACCACAAAUAUGCACAAGGGGCUGAAUCCAACUUUCUUAAGUUUACAAAAAAAAAAACUCCAAGCAAGGAAGAUGUGUUUCACAGAGGCAGGUUAACUUGAAUGAACUGUUAGACUGCGUCUGAUCAGAAAGCCUUGCCAGCAUUUACCAUUACUCUCCAUAUUCAAAAGUGCCUUUGUACACAACGGUACAGAUUUCUACAUGGCUGUUGACAUGUUUAUUUAUUAGUAUGUGAUUUGUGUGUAAUGUUCAAUUUUAGAAAAUAUUUCAGGAUAUUAGAAGGAGGAGAUCUGCGCUCAGUUUUCUUCAGUCACACAUGUUCAUAUCAUAUGAAAGGGUAUUAUAUAACAUGCAGUUAUACAGCCAAUGCCAGACACUUGAGCAAUGCAAUGUGUGACCAGCAACCUCCGUAUCCAGCUGUUUGCAUACACACAUAGCUGUGGUUCACCUGAUUAAAACUGUUUUUCUUUUAUUGAUCUGAGGCUCCAUUCCUAAGUUAUGAUACUUUUUACCCUUAAUAUGCAAAUUAGGCCAUUGGUGCAAUAAGGGUGUCACCGGUCCUCUUGUUGCACCCAAGCUCCGCUCCUUUCUGUGGCCAGCCCCUCCCUCGCUGCUUUGAUUGACAUAGCAGAAUAGAGCUUUGGUAAAACAAGAGCAAUGGUAACGCCCUCAUUGUACCAAAGGGCUAAUUUGCGUAUUAAGCAAAAGUUACAACAGAACUUGAGAACGGGCCUUGGAUCAUCAAAUGAAAUACAGAGUAGUAAUUAGGUGAACCACAUCAAUGUGUCUCUUCAAACAGUUGGAUAGGGAAGGUCGUUGGUCACAGAUUCCCUUUAAGAUGUAUUUUGCACCAUGUAUAAAAGCAACAGUGAUUGGUCCUUACAGAAAAAAUAUUGGUUUAUUGUAUGUUUGUACGUUGCUUAUGUGGAAGAACAAAAACAGUAGUCAUUGUAGAGUCAGAAGAUGUGCAUGGGCCUGCAAGUAUUUUUAAAUGACAGAACCAAGGUCAAAGUGGCCUGUCGGAGAACAAGAGAAUCCACCGGUGGGCUCAGGUUCUGACACCAUUACGAAGACGAGCCCUAAAAGGACCAUGUGUUCAAGCAGACAUCAGCGUGUCCUAAAGAUCACUUACUGCUAGAAUUACACUUGACAGGAGGUGUCCUACGAUCUAUAGACAUUUCCUUUAAUUCCUAGUGGAAAUCCAGGAGUGCAUUAUUUCUAGUACUAUACGUCAGUACUAUGGAUGUACUGAGGGAAUGGCAUAAUGAAAUCAUGUAACAUCAUUUUCUAGAUAAAUAUAUUGAGCUUAAGGAGGCCACAGACACCAGAUAACUGUCGGCUGCACAUUUGUUCAUUCGAUAGCUUGCUCUCCAGAUAUCCCCCCCAUGCACAUGCAUGCUCAGCUGGGCAUGAAUGUGUUGUGAACUGGAGAGGAGAGAAAGCCGCUGCACAAUGACUUAUGAUAAAUUCAAACUCCAGUUUUCCAACACACAGAAACCCACAGCAUGCAUUCUUGUCUGUUUUCCGUAACUGACCUGGGUUUUCCUGCCCUUUGGUCUAAUGCUAUGUCCACAUUGGAUGGGUCCGCUGCGGGUCAGCAAAAGGUUGUGGAAUUCAUAGUGUAAAUACUGUGGCUUUGCCGCUGAUUUCACUCUCUGAAUUGGUGAAAAGCACAGUGAAAUUACGCAACAUAAAAUGACAUGCCGCUGAUUUAAAACCCACACUGCAGGCCGAGGAAUCUGCUGCAGAUAUUUUAUACAGCAUGUGGAUGAGAUUUUUUUAAAGCCUCACUUUAUUUUCCACAAAAUCUUCAGCAUUUCUGUCCUAUGGUGUGGACUUACACUUUAAAGAGGGAAGGUGUCCCAAUGAAGAGCAAAAAAUAAGGGAUAUCUUUCCAUUGCUAUUGUCGAAGGGGGUUGCAAUUAAAAACACAGAAAUAAAAUGAUGUAUAUCGAUGUGACCAUUCCUUUUCAGCCACAGCUUGCCAUAGGCUCAUACAUCUAUGAUUUUUUCACAUUUUUUUUUCUCCUUUGGUUGAAAUUUUACUGUGUGUAAUGUUGAUUUGAGAAAAGAGGUUUGUAAUCGGUACGAUUUAUAUGGCUAUUCCCAUCCCACCUGUGUGAUCCUCACUGAUCUCUAGAACAAGGUCCCAUCUAUCCUUGACACAGUGGUUAAGACUUCGGAAACCGUUUGGAUAACUCCCUUUCACAUCUUUUGCUGUAGUAGCUGAAAGGGGUUGGUGGUGGGGUGGGGUAGGCAUUCUAAAGAUAGUCAGGUUCCAUUUACAUACUGUAUAUUUAAAAUUACCAGCUUUCUAUGCAACCAGGUAUGGGUGAAUGCAGAUUUAUAUUAGGCACAGGUUUCUGGAAAAUCUGAUGCUAAAGGAUUUAGCGGGAGAUUUAUCAAAACUGGUCUAAAGGAAAACUGUCUUAGUUUCCCAUAGCAACUAAUCAGAUUCCUCCUUUCAUUUUUCAGAGCUCUUUUGGAAAAAGAAAAGUGAAAUCUGUUGCUGUUGGCAACUAAGCCCGUUUUUAUUUACAGCACUUUUGAUAAAUCUCCCCUUAGUUUUUAAUUCAUCUUAGUGUGAAUAAUGUUAGAGCUCUAAAUUCUCCAGCUUUUACCUGCAUUUCAUUGAUCCCUAUUGAAACAAGUGUUUUUCACUCAACUAAGGGAUAGAUCAAAAGUAAAAUGGUUUUCUUUUUUUUGAGGCUUGAAUGCAAGCUGAUUAAAUGUUUACCAGAGGUAAACCAGAGGUAUUGUAUUUUUAAGCUGCGUUCAGUCCCAAACAAUACUGCAUACUAAAAGCUGGCUAAUAUGAGCCCUAAGAAUUUAAAAAUAUAGAAUGAUUUGGGGGUUUUAAACUACUGAAUAUUAAUGGUAUAAUUGUAUGAAUGAAAUGAUUAAUUUAAAUUUCAUAUAAAAAAUGAAAACUAUUUGCUGGAAAAUGAAAAAAAAAUAAAACAAAAAACUUUUUCC